AUGCCACGGAAAGAGGAGAGUCAAGACCUGGAAGAAAUUGAAGAGAAAGAUCAGUAUGAGAAAUAUCAAGAUCUCAUGACUGGGGGAAAAACUUUUAUUUAUUCGCCGACUCAAAAAACAGAAAAUGGAUGCCUUGAAUUCCAGAUGAGAGUUCACAAUGGAGAGAAGUCUUAUGUCUGCCAGCAGUGUGGAAAGAGUUUCAUUCGAAAAAACAACCUUAAAAGCCACUUGAAAAUUCAUAGUGGAAAAAAGCUUUACACCUGCAAACAGUGUGGGAAGAGCUUCUCACCAAAAGGAAACCGUAACAGUCACACGAGAAGCCAUGAUAGAGCGAAGUCAUUCAUCUGCUCUCAGUGUGUAAAUAAUUUUAAACAGAAAGAGUACCUUAAUGCCCAUGUGACAAUACACAUUGAAGAGAAGCCUCACACCUGCAAACUGUGCGGAAAGAGCUUCAUGCGAAAAGAAACUCUUACAAUUCACAUGAGAAUUCACACUGGAGAGAAGCCUUACAUUUGCCAACAGUGUGGGAAGAGCUUUACACAAAAAGGAAAUCUUAAUAUUCACAUAAGAAUCCACACUGGAGAGAAGCCGUUCAUCUGCUCGCUGUGUGGGAAGAGUUUUAAACAGAAAAAGUAUCUUAAUUCCCACAUGGCAGUUCACACUGGAGAGAAACCGUUUGUAUGCGAUCAGUGUGAAAAGAGUUUCUGCUAUAAAGCGCACCUUGAUCUUCACAUGAAGAUUCACUCUGGAGAGAACUGUUAUAUAUGUCAUCUAUGUGGGAAGAGUUUCUCACACAGAUCAAACUUUGAGAAUCACUUAAGAAUUCACGGUGGAGAGAAGUCAUUCACCUGCCCUCAGUGUGGAAAGAGCUUCAUGACGAAAGGAAACCUUAAGAUUCACAUGAGAGUUCACACUGGAGAGAAACCUUAUAAGUGUCUUCAGUGUGAAAAGAGUUUCACAUAUCACACAAACAUGAAACGGCACAUGCAAACUCAUUCUGGAAGGAAAUUCCAAACAUCACAUUAA